AUGAGGAAGACCUGCACCAACCAGGAACCUCGGUGGCCAUCGGGCCGCAAGAAGACAUCACCUUCGCAAGACGAUGAGUAUGCAGAGCUCACGCCCGACACCGAACCCUGGGAGUGGUACGAGUCCUACGCGCGGUUUCGCGAGGUGCUGCUGUGCCACCUCGCCGGGGCGGUGGAUGCGGGGAGAGGCCAAGAGCCGCAGGUGUCGCUCGACGACGCCACGAUGGCCCAGAUCCGCCGACUCCGCGUCCUCAUCAUCGGCUGUGGUAACUCGCGCCUGGGCGAGGAUAUGGUGGAGAUGGACGGCUUUGAGAGCGUGACGUGCCUCGACUUCUCCGCCAACGUCAUCCGCUACAUGCAGGCCAGAUACGCGGCCAAGCCGCAGCUCAAUACAUCCUGGGCGAUGCCACCGACAUGCGAGCUCUCUUUUCAGGGCACGUUCGAUGCUCUCCUCUGCCAUCCCGAGGUUGUGCGCGUGGUCGAGGCGCUGCUCGGCGAGAUCGAGCGGGUGACGCGCCGAGGCGGCCUGUACCUAUGCGUCAGCCAAUCGGACAAGCGCGCCUUUUACUUCGAGGACCAUUUCGGGGCGAGGGCACAGCUGCGACGGGAGGCGUGGGCCAAGGCCGAGGAGUCUCCGAUGGGACACCUCAACCCGGUGCCCUUCUUCCACCUCUACGCCCUCUCCCUUCCUCCCCACCAAGAGGAAGUCGAGAGCCGAGGCGGGGCUACCGAUCUCGGCGUCGGUGAGGCCCUGGGCGUUGAGGGUGGUCGCGGCGGGGCGCGGGGCAGCGGCGCCCGAGCGCUCGGCCUCCUGGAGCAUCCGGGCAAGCUGGACGUCGGAGACUGCGGUCGACGUCGACGGGCCGCGGGCGCUGCUGCGCGCCUCGGCGCGCUUCCGGGCGUCCUCCCGAUCCUGCUCGGCCUGCAGCCUCUGGGCCAGCUCCGCGUCAUUGUGACGAGGGCCUGGCCCAUGGCCAUGGGCAGGAGCGCUUCGUCGGUCCCGCCCUUGGGCAGCAUCAGUCGGGGCUCGCCGCCCUCCGUGCCCUGCGGCUGCUGGUGCUGCGGCAGAGGACGCGCCGAGGACGCGCCGUGGGCCGGGCGCGGGGCCGGGGCGCUGGCCACCGGUGUCGGCUGUGGUGUGGAGAUGCCCAACGACGAGCCGAGCUGCGCCGCGAGCUGCUUCACGCUCGAGCGCUGGCCGGGCGCCGCCCCGGUGGAGGUCGCCGGGCCGCGCGCAGCCGGCGGCGGCGAGAAUGGCAGCGACGACGAUGGCGCGGUGGAGGCCGAGCGGCGGGUGGUCGACGACGACGACGAAGAAACGGAACGCGAAGUGGACCAGGACGAGCGUGAGACAGAUGACGCCGAGGAGCCGCCGCUCGCCAGGCGAGUCUGUUGCAGUUGGCUCUGGAGCGAGGCGGAGGGCUGCUUGCUGCUGGUCGCCGACGGGCCGGAGCGAGGAAUGGCGGCCGGCGGGGCGGGCGGCGGCGGCGGAGGUGCGACGAGCGGCGCAGACGAGGACGGCGACGCCAGAGGCUGCCAAAAGGCCGCUGCGGUCGGAGCCGACGGCGCGGCUGAGGCCGUCAUUUGCUGCUGUAGCAGCGGCGCCACCGAUUGCGCACCCAUCGACGAUGAUGGCGAUGACAACGAUGAGGCCGCGCCGCCUGGUACUGGGGCUGAGUCAGCUGCGGUUGCCACGGCUGGCUCGACGUCAGCUGCGGCGCGGCGGCCGGCCUGA